AAAUUCGUUUCGAUUAGCGUAAUUGAAGCGUUCUCGGUGAGAGACAAAAAGCCGUGUAUCGAUCAUCCUUGAGGAUCGAAAGGUCACUUUUUUCCCGAUAACAAGCGAUCGGUUAAAUAUUUAUUUAUAGUGAUUUCGAAUCGAACGGCCGCAGCGAAACGAAAUAAUGCGGUAAGAACAGUUUCGGAAAUAUGUUGGAUUUUUUCGUUAAUUUGGCGUUGUUCGUCGUUAUCCUCUUUGCUUUGCCUCUAGUCUUCAUCAUAUUCGUCGUUUUGAAAUUAUAUAGACGAGUAUGGACGAACGUUUUAUCGAUGUUACACCCGGACGUGGAAUUCGUAAAAUACGAUACCGUUCGAUCUCUACUAGACACUUACAAAAACCAAGGAAUUAUAGCUGUAUUGCUUUGCGUAAAAGGCCAGGCACAACCUGAUGCUGUUCGAAGACAUUUGCAGGAAGUGGUUAGAAGAAGAGACAAAUCAGGAAACUUGGCGUUCCCUCGUUUAAGACAUUGCCUGCUGACCAAAUGCGGAACUUACGCUUGGAGAAACACCAAAUUCGACCUCGAUCAACACCUAACCCUCCUCCCUUUCACCUACAAAGGACGAGUGGUAACCGAAUUGAACAUACAAGACUACGUAAACGACAUCAUGUCGAAAUACAUGCCAUCUACCAUCCCACCGUGGCAGAUCACCAUCAUACCAUCAUCCGACGACCAGCAUUACAUCUUGUUCAAAUUGCACCAUUUGCUGCUUUCCGAAGGAUUGAACAUCGGCGAUUUGCUACCCUUGAUACCACCCACAAGACCAGCAAUCGGAUCGACCGUGUCGAGGAGUCCCCUAGUAGAGGUGUUCAAAAAGCCCGUAGUCCUCCCGCAGCUGAAGGAACGAUUGACCGAAGAGCUGUCCAAUCGCUGGAACGAGUUCAUCGCCUGCUACGAUCCGCUGGAGCGGCCGGAAUUGCUGAAAACAUCGCCGACGUUUUCGCAAUUCCUCGCCUUCGCGCUGAUCACCUUGGUGUCGCUGGUGAAGGAUUGCAGGAAGGGUUUCAGGGUGAUCAAAAACGACGCCUAUUCGAAGGUGAAGUAUGUAGUACAAGCCGGAUUGAGGGAAACCGAUAAGCGACAGGUGACCGUUACGAAUUUCUUCGUGUCCAUUUGCAAGUCUUUGGAUCCGAGGAACAUCGCUUUAGAUGUGUUUCAGUUGAUUUACUAUGUGGUUGUUAAAGUACCGAUUCGAUUGCCUUUGGUGGUGUUCUAUGAGGUACGAGCUUUCCUCAAUUGCUUGAUAUUAGGGUAUUGUCCUUAUCCCAACACUUUCGUCGGUAUCGUCUACACUUUUAUACCGUUGAUAUACAAUUCUUUAAGAGAGAUCCUGUACAUCUUAUCGAUAUUGUUCAGAGCUCCCAAAACCAUCAUACAAGAUAUCCUGAUGCAAGAGGAAUCCUUCCAAACCUUCACGCUCUGCGGCCGCAAAUCCGUCGCCUGGUCCGAUCCCGUCAAGAUCGACGCCGUCAGGGCCGUCGCGACGCUAGCCAAAGUCUCGCAAACCGAGAUAAUGCUCUGCGCCGUCUCCAUGUGCCUGUCCAAGUACUUCGUCCAAAGCAACCACUACGUCCCCGACCAAUUGCCAAUCACCAUUCGAAACAUCUCUUCGAACUACAUCUUCGCCACCGGGCCCAACAUCAAAGCCAGCGACGCCGUCAGCGGCAUCCUCUGCAUGAACCUUAAAGUGCCCAACGGGCGUCGCGACGCCACCAAAUCGCACGAUCUCGACGACGUCUGCGGGAAGUUCAACGCCUCGUUGGAGUCGCAGGGUCUCUCCCAUCUGAUGACGAUGUUGCAGAGCAAGUUCGAGUUCCUCACCAAGCUCUUUCCCCUACCGAUACUGAGCGUUUAUCUGAAGUACCUGUCGAGGAAGUACGCUGUUAGCGUGGCGGAGAUCACCAGCAAGUACCCGAACGUGGCGCAGCGCACCCUGUGGGGCCAGGAGGUGACCAGCGCGCUCUACUUGCGACCGCCGCAGGCCAACACUUGUGUUUCGCUUUGCUUGAACGAGUACGCGGACCACGUGAGGCUUGGGGUGAUGUGCGACAGCCAGUUGGUGCCCCACCACCAGCACCUGGUGAGGAGUUUCGCGGACGACGUGAAGGAGAUCGAGGCCGAUGUGGUGGAACGAUUGGAUUUGGUCGAGUAGCUGGAUGAUGGGUUUUAUCGCGGAGCUGUAUUUCUAAGGUGUGGAAUCUCCAUGUGAUUGUGCAUUGGAGAAUGUGUCUGGUUGUUUGAGGAUUUUUUUUGAGCUUCGCUUUUGCGCCGUAGCGUGGCGAACGAUCGGAUGAUUAACUUAUGUCAGCCAAUCAGCGUCGU